AUGUCUCUGAACUCCUCUGAUGACAACCGGACCAUCUCAGUGUUCUCCUCCAAACUGACUCCAGCUGCUGACAUAUGUGUGGGACUGGCCAUCCUCUCUGUGGUUCUGCUCUCUGUUCUGGGCAAUGGGCUGGUGCUGGUGAUCUGUUACCGCAGAAGGAAGAAGAUGGUGGGCUCGGAGCUGCUGUGCAUCAACCUGGCGGUGGUGGAUUUCCUCUGCUGCAUCUGUUUUUACCCACUUUCCAUCCUUUCUUCCUUCCACCAUAUGUGGUUGGGAGAAAACAUCACCUGUGUUUACUACGGCCUUGGCUGCUACGUCUUUGGACUGUGCGGCAUGUUCACCAUCACUGCUAUCAGCAUAAUCCGCUACCUGAAGACCUGCUACAACCUGGCUAACACUGUGUGGCUGAAAGGAACCAAUAUCCGGCUGAUGUGCUGCCUCAUCUGGCUGGUUUCUGCUGUGUGGUCCAGUUUCCCUUUAUUCGGCUGGGGGGAGUAUGUCCCUGAGCCUUAUGGGCUCUCCUGCACCAUCGCCUGGAGGGGUUAUCAUACCUCCAAAAAGGAUGCCUUUUAUGUCAUCUGCUCUUUUGCUGGCUUCACGCUAGUCCCUGUCCUACUUAUUGUGGUGUCACAGUGUCGGAUCCUCUACAAGGUGUCUCGCUUCUCCUACUCGCUGUCCGCAAGAGGAAUCCGCAACAACCUGCGUCACGCUGAAAAGCGAAUCUCCAUGAUGUUUUUCUGCAUCAGUUUGGGGUUUGUGAUCGCUUGGGCCCCUUACGCAGUUGUGUCUUUCCUCUUCAUUUUCCACAAAGGGCACUGGUACAUGGCUCCAGAGGGUUUUGUUUUACCCGCCCUCUUUGCCAAAAGCUCCCACAUCUACAACCCAUUCAUCUACUUCUACUUUAACAAAACCUUCCAACGGGAGCUGCGUUCCCUUCUUCUGUCAUUCUACCACAAACUUGGGGGAAACCGAGUGGGGGUGCACAUUUCUGCAGGCCAACAAGCCCCUCACCCCAUCCACAUUCAGCUCCAGGAACGAGUCUGCAUUCAAAAGAGGAACUUUGAUUUGUCUCAGGAGACUCAUAGCAGGUGCAAGCCCAAAAGCAAAAGCAUCAGCAGCAGCAGCUUUGUACCUGGCAGGCAGGUGGUUGCCUGCUGGGGGUCCACAUCCAAGAAUGGCCCCACUAUCAUGAACAAAUAAACUUACCAAAGGACUACCAGCCUAUGAACUCUCUCUGUUCUUUACAGCGACUGAAGUAAUGUGGGUCAAAGGCACCUCAGUUACACUCCACAGAUCUGCUCCUGCACUGUCUCAUUAAAGACUCAAGAAUGAAUCAGGGCUUAUGCUGUUUUAAUGGUGUAUGACAGGGAUCGCCAACACUGUCCUGCAGGUUUUAGAUUUUGCCCUGCUAAAACACAUCUGAUUCAAAUUAAUGGAUCAUUAAGAGGUUUGUGCAAAACUUGACAAUAAGCUGAGAACUAUGUCAUUUGAAACUAUUUAAUUACUGGAGCCUAAUCCAGCUGCCAUCAUGCGAGAGGCACCAAUCCACCACAGGGCUAAACCAAGAAAACUAGUUGAACUGUCGCAACAAUACUUUGUGCUGGAUAUUGUGUUUUGAGGACAUCUGCAGUUAGUUCGAUUCU